AUGGCCCUCAAGCUUAAAUUGAAGGUCAAGCCUUCCAACUCUCCAGAGAUGGAGGCGCCUGCUCAAGAGCAGCACCGCUCGCCACCUAGGCCAUCGAGAAAGGUGAAACAUGAAUCCAGCGACAGAAUCUCAAAACCCAAACAUAAGAAAGAGAAGCUAAAGAAAUUGAAGCUCAGUCUAGGUAAGCUGGGUCUGCCAGAAAGCGCAACUCCAUCAUCAUCAGUACCACCGCCACAGCCCAGACCUACGAUAAAGAAAACCCCAAAAGUGAGAAUCAAGCCUACGAGAAUCCCUGGUGAAGGUUACGACUCAGAAGCCCCAGAUGUCGAGGAUGACCCUCUAAUAGAACAGGGUAUCGUCGUGCGGUUUCUAGAUGACUCCAAUCUUGAUUUUGUUCACAAUGCAGUCGAAACAGGCGAUCUUUCAAAUGUAAAUAUCAAGUGGAUCACCAGAGACAAGGCCGUCAUAAAUGUCAAUCUGACGUUAUACUCCGCGAGACUCGUUGACUUGCCCACACUCACGGAAAUUUACAAAACGGUUGACAAGAAGAACAUCUUCAAAACAAUUGACAUCAGUCAGGUUCUCCUAACUCAGACUUACACACACCCUAUUUAUGACCUUUCUACAAACAAGGAGAUAAGAAACUCCAAGACAGUAUACCGCAACGGUUUGGCAUAUGCAUACGAGGAUGUGUAUCGACGGUUCAAACCUCGCAAAGUCAACCAUCGUAUAAUGCAAGAUGUCGAGGCUCGAGUUGAUGAGCUUGUUAAAAGAGACGCGGAGGCACAGGAGAGUCACUAUGAAUAUGUUGACCCCAAGGCUCAGGCUAGAGUCGGUGCUUCUCACAGUCGUUCUGCAACACCAACACAUUCCAUGCCAUCUACACCUUCCGCACGCGUAUUUUCACCUCGUGAAGCUGAAGAUUAUGAAUUCGAACAACAAGAGCAGCAAAUGGAGGUUGAUCUCGAAGCUGACAUUGACAACGCUCUUGAACAAGAAUUGGCGGAGGCUCUUGACUCUACCUCAAAUAACACCGCAGCCACAGUGCUUAUGAAGUCUGAGUACAACGAAGAAGAAGCAAGUGAUGAUGAAGCAACUGCAGGACAGGCUGGUGGCGAGGACGAGGACGAAGAUGACGACGAAGAAGAGGAAGAGGAGGAAGAGGAGGAAGAAGAAGACGCUGGAGACGGCACACUGAAGGAAGACAUGAACAAGGUCAAGAAGCUUGAAGAAGAAAUAGGUGACCUAGAAAAGGCUGCCGACAAGCAAAAGAAGCUUUUGUCGACCGCUAGUUACAAGAUGAUGAGAAUGAAGUUCCAGUCUGCGUUCAACAACUUGAAGGCACAGCUCGAUCAAAAGAAGCGUGAGUUAUCGAAAAUUAAAGAGCAACAACAAAAGCAGCAGCCACCAGAGCCUCCACGCCAGCCCGAAGCUGAGGGUGAAGAGGAAGACGAGGAAGACGAGGAGGAGGAAGACGAAGACGAAGGUGAAAAUGACGACACAAAGAGAAGCCAACCACCUCCAGAGGCCAAGGAAGGACUGGAGAGCAGAGCGACCAGUGAAAAUGCUCCUCAGGAGGACGAUGAUCAGGAUAUGGAGAAUGAGGACUACGGUGAUCUUCAGGAUCUCUUCUACAAUUCCAUAAAACUUUUGGCCAGUGAUGUUCACCGCGGACUCGCUGAACUCGUUGCCAGAAGGUUGGGUCUCAAACUUUCUCCCAGUGAGUUGAAGAGAGACCUGAGUGGUGAAGUCACUUUCAGCAUCGGAGAGAGUGUCAGAGAUGAGGACAUUUUCAUUAUCUGUCAAAUCGGCUCAGGUGAGGUUAAUGACCGUGUUUUGGAGCUUCUUAUAAUGAUCAACGCCUGUAAGACGGCCAGUGCCAGAAGAAUCACCGUCAUUCUCCCUAAUUUCCCUUAUGCCAGACAGGACAGAAAGGAUAAGUCCAGAGCUCCUAUCACUGCUAAGCUCAUGGCAGACAUGUUGACCACCGCCGGCUGCAAUCACGUUAUCACCAUGGACUUGCACGCUUCCCAGAUCCAGGGUUUCUUUGACGUGCCUGUUGAUAACUUGUACGCUGAACCUAGUGUGGUGAGAUACAUCAAGGAGAAGAGAGCUGCUGGUUUGGCUGACACCCUAGACUUGAACUUUGCCUUGAUCCACAAGGAGCGUGCUAGAGCCAACGAGGUUUCCAAGAUGGUGCUCGUCGGUGACGUGGAUGACAAGAUCUGUAUUAUUGUGGACGAUAUGGCCGACACAUGUGGCACGUUGGCCAAGGCUGCUGAGGUGCUUCUAGAGAACAAGGCCAAGGAGGUUAUUGCCAUUGUGACCCACGGUAUUCUCUCAGGUAACGCCAUCAAGAACAUCAACAACUCGAAACUUAAGGCCAUUGUUUGUACGAAUACAGUGCCUUUUGAGGACAAGGUAUCUCAGUGCCCUAAGCUAGAUACCAUCGAUGUGAGUGCCGUGUUGGCUGAGGCCAUCAGAAGACUCCACAACGGUGAGAGCAUUUCAUACUUGUUCAAGAACGCCCCAUUAUAG